CCAUCUAGUCGAUACGCCCGGAGUCCUCGACCCUGCGAUCCGGGAUGGAUCUGGACCACAGUGGUGGGAACCUGGACCAAGCACGUCCCCGGGUAAAAAAGCUUGCUCCUGGCGAAUCUCAACUGCGGUUUCACCAUCCACGUGGGGGGCCGAGGUGUUUAUAAAGGGUGACCAGGAUAAAUCCCUUUUCCGUUGCCCUCCCGUCUUCCCACCUCUGCUGGGAUGCUGCUCGUCUGGGUUGCAUCCCCUCCGCCAUGAAGAUCCACCAGUGUUUGUUCGCCAUCUUGUUGGCCUUUGCUGCUCUUGUUGCGGCAUCGAAUAGCACCGAAUUUCCCCAGUGUGCAGUGUCUUGUUUGGCCCAAGAAUCCUCCAGUUGCAGCAUCUAUGAUGCGUCAUGUGUCUGUACCGGUGCCGCCAGCAAGUCGGCCCUCGUGAGCUGCGCGGAAAGCAGCUGCACGGCGAAAGAUUACUACAUCACCAGACAUCUGUAUGAGCUCGAAUGUGGUCUCCCCAUCAAGAAGGGGCCCCUCCUCGUCGACCCCGCCACUCUCGCACCCGCCAUCCUCGCAACCAUCUUUUUCUUCAUUCGGAUAGCAGCGAAGCUGGGAAAUCUUGCGGGUGGCUGGGGACCGGAUGACUAUACUGUGACUGCGGCAUUUAUACUGGGAGUGGCCUUGUUUGUUGUGAAUACCUAUAUGAUCAAAUACGGUUUCGGCAUGAACUCGUGGGAUAUUCUCCCCUUUCACCACAUCACCCUGGUGUUUCAGUACUUUGAAGGCCUCGCCAUGAUGUACAAGAUCCAAAUCUCGCUCUGCAAAAUCUCGGUACUGCUGUUCCUGCUCCGCAUCUUCCAGUCCCGUGUGUUCCGCGUCCUCGCCUACAUCCUCAUCGGCGUCAACGCCGCCAUCGGCAUCACGUUUUCCUUGGUGGAUCUGCUUCGGUGUACCCCAGUCCACCUGGACUGGGAUGGGUGGACUGGUGAAAAUAUAGAAGAGGGAACCUGUAUCAAUUUCAUCGCCGCGGUCAUGGUGCACUGUCUCGUCAACAUUUUCGUCGACGUCGUUAUCGUCAUCCUGCCGAUCUACGAAGUCACCAAGCUGCAGCUGCCCUUUACCAAGAAAGUCACCGUGGCAUUCAUGUUCAUGAUGGGUCUCAUUUUGACUAUCGUCGCUAUCAUCCGAGUCGUCGUCUUCUGGGAGCACCGUUGGACCAACAACCUGACCGCCGGCCUCCAACCCCUAAUCCACUGGUCGGUCAUCGAAUCCCAAAUCGCCAUCAUGACCACCUGCCUCCCCGCCGCCCGCGCCUUCAUCACCCACUACUUCCCAGCCUUGGGCGGCAGCUCCGCCCGUCGGACCUACGCCCGCACCAAUUCCUUGUACAACAACACGCCGUCCGGCGCGAACAGCAAGAUCUCCAAGUCGGUGAAUAUCUCCGUUGACUACACGACGCGGUCGGCGCGGGAUUCUACCAGUGCUGUUCAUCUGGUGGAGAUGGAUGGGCGAUACGAGCGGUUCUGA